GCUUCUUCAAUCCGGGCCGCACAUCACCGCUCAGCCGUCAGGAGACCUGCUCUUUCACAGUGUUCGAGAGACAGACAGGGGAUCUUAUUAUUGUCAGGCUUCUAAUUCCUUUCUACAAAGGGUUAUAACUUCUAGAAAGAUCUUUCUGGAAGUUUUAGCACCUCCAUCCGUGACUAUCUGGCCCCUGGCAGUGAUUUCCGCAGUGGGAGCGGAGGUGGUUAUUCAGUGCCAGGUGUCAGGACACCCUGUUCCUUCUAUUAGGUGGUCAAAACGUGGCCAGUCUGUGAGAACAGGAGGCAAGAUAAACAAGGGGUAUACAUCUGCAUAUUCCAUAGUGAGAAAUGCAACUCUUUACAUCUCCUCAGUAAGAAACUAUGAUGAAGGUUUUUACACAUGCUCCGCAUCCAAUUCUGUGGGACAGGAUGAAAAAACAACCAGCCUACACAUAGCUGCAAAGCCGGUCAUUGUGAUAUUUGUGGGAUCGGUGAACGUUUCCAAGGGAGGCACUAUCACUCUUCCAUGCCAAGCCGUUGGAAAUCCACCACUGAAAUACAGUUGGCGCAGAAGUGCUCUUCAGACACCUCUAUCACUUUCAGCACGCAUACACAUUGAUGAUAAUGAGACACUGCACAUCUUUAAUGCCCACCAGUCAGAUGCGGGAGAUUAUUACUGCACCGCUGAAAACAACAUAGGUCAGGAUAGAAGAAAGACCACUAUAAGAGUUGUCUCUGCUGAUCCUGAGGAUUCAUUAUUUACAAUCCCAGGAAUCAAGCCAGAACAACCUACAAAUCCAGCCAAUGAAAGAAAUCUAAAAUAUUAUAAAGAAACACAUCUCACAUCUAGAGACCCGGAGAACUCACUCACACAUCCAAUCAUUCCGACCAUGUUUGCCUCCUAUGCUCUCUUCAAUGAUCAUGACAGUAUGGACACAGGAGAAAAUCAGAAAUCGAAAGACCUUCUUAAAUCACUCGUGCCACAAUCAAUCUCCUCUUACCCCAAACUCCUAGAAACACCUACAGAAAAAGAUUAUGAGCAUGUUACUUCAAACCCGCCUCCAGAUCAGCCAACAAUGCACCCAAUCCAUACAAAACCUGAGUCAUUGUCUGCGCUCAAUGAUCAAAUGCCUCCUCAAGGAUUUUCUGACCAGCCUACCAAGUCAAAGCAAGAACAAUCUUCUCCCGGCUCGGUUGUUCAUGAUCUUAAACUGACCCAGACCUCUGGGUUCAUGCUGAAUAAUGUGAACAGCAUCACCAGUUCAACUCCUGUGGGAAUUCAACGGUACUGGAGUCAGCCUGCAGAGCAACUUACAGCCACGAAGGCACCACAGGCGAAUAAUACUGAAUUAGUUGAAAUGUUAAAUAAAACCACAUCAAAGGCCCCCAUGAGGACCACAGACAACAAGGCCAGAGAGAAGAGGAAGUUACAGAGUUGGCUGCCUGUGCUAGAAAAACAUGAUAUUCCAAUUGUGCUAGGAGUGGGAGUUUCCCUGGCAUUUAUUUUGAUUACCAUGGCUUUCUACUCUUUGCUUCAGAAAAAUGACCCUGCAGCCAAACCUGGACGAGCAGCUCUCAGAGGCCUUGGUGGGCGCUGCAGACCUGGUGAACAUCUUGCAAUUGAAAGAACAUAUGAUAAUAAAGCAUUUGAAGAUGACAACAUGGUUGCUGUUAUUGAACAAAGCCCAAACAUGUCUGAGAUGAGAGCCCAUCCCACAGCUUCCAGUCCAUCCACCUUGCUAAUGGAACCAUGUUAUGAUGACACGCAAGAAGUAGUCCAGCCAUGCCAAGACAUGCCAGUUGUAGUGGAAACACACCCAGAGCCCUCUGAGGAGGAGCAGUUAGAGACCUCAUUAGAGGAAGGCAAAGUCACGCCCUCUCUCCCAUCUGACAUCCAACUUCAGUGUAUGGAGGACUGGAGGAGCCAGGAUUUGGGACAGUGCCAAAGAGAUGCUCCUUCACCACCCCCUUCCAAUCCUUUGGGCACUCAGGAAGGGGCUCUCCGCUCUUCUCUGACCCUGCAGACCAGUGAUUCCUCCACUACCCCAGUACAUCACAGUAUCAGCCUCUCCCAUGCCUCCUGCCCACUAAUGCUGUCCCACUGUGUCACCCUAGGCCUGACCUCCGUGGCUGUUGAUGUUCAUUUCUACCCAUCCACACCUGCGCAAUAUGGACCGCUGAGACCUCAGAGCGGUUCCCGGCAUGAGCAUGAACAAAACGCUCUGUCUGCCCACCAUGGCAAAUGAAUUAUGGGAAAUAAACUUUGGCACAGCUUCUAACUACUUGAAUGCUCAUUAAAGAUAAGCAAAGACAUGCCUCGCUCGCUUCAGAAGGAAAGAUGUAAUUAAACUUCAUUUUUGUCUAAUUUAUAAGGUGCUGUUGUUUUGCUAAAUUUUUCUGCAUUUACAAUUCUCCUGUUUUACUUUCCUGGUGAUAGUAUGAGUACAUCAUACAUUUAUUUAGGAGACAAAACAAAAUAAUGUCUAUCAGAUGCCAAGAAU